AUGCCGGCAAAGGAGGAAGAAAACAAACAAAGAAGGGAACGCCGUGAAGCCGCUAGGGAGGAGGCCCUCGAGAUGAUACGAAAGAAUGGAGGAAAAGUAAACACGGAGAUAAUGCGCAAGUGCAUGCAGGCGAUUUAUGUGACACCAGAGAUUAUAUUCAGAGUUAUAGGACUCUGUAGAAAAAUGGGAAUCCAGGUGGUAGUUGCUCCGUACGAGGCUGACGCACAAGUAGCCUAUUUAUGCAGGAGUGGCAUAGCAUCCUGUGCAAUAUCGGAAGAUUCUGAUCUUCUUGCAUAUGGAUGUCCGCGUGUUUGGUACAAAUUAGACAAGGAUGGCAAGGCGUUUGAAAUUACGCUCCCAUUUCAAUCGACAGAUAAAAUCGUAAAUAAAGGAUUUCUCAAGGGGUUGAGCCACAAGAUGUUUAUCAUAAUGUGUGUGUUGAGUGGCACAGACUAUGAUGACGGAAACCACAUUCGAGGAAUGGGUAUUAAAAUCGCACACAAACUGGUAAUGGAGUUUGGGAAUGUUAGAAAUAUUCUAUCUUCCCUUAUGAUGAAUCCAUCUUGGACCAAAAAACUGCCAACACACGUGUCCAUAAAUGAUCUCGCUUUACAUUACGAGCGAGUAUCAUCUAUAUUUCUUCACAAUAUCGUCUAUGAUAUUACCAAAGACAGACUCUUGCACAUUAACGAGAUUUCCAUAGUCUCUACGUGGUCCCCAAACUCUGGAAAUACAGUUCAUUCUCAUGCGUUUGUGAUUGAAAUGUCAAAGGGAAUCAGGGGCAAGGACAGUAAUUUUAGAAAAGUAGCUCUUGGCUACGUUAGUGCAAAAUCAGGUCUACAAGUUGAAGUUGUAGAAACUGACGAUUCUGAGCUCAUUAAAGACAUUAAAUUCGAACCAAUUAAAAACGUCGCACUUGAAAAAAUUUCGGAUGCUGUGCGCACAAAAGAUGAGCUCAUAGACGUUCCGGAUUACGUUCCUCUGGAAAUAGCAAAGGCAGAGGAUUCGUCUACAAAACACGAGAUAAAGGAAGAGGACGUCGACUCUAAACAGUCCACUCAAGCUGAUUUGCAAAUGGCUACAGAUGAGACAUCUACAGAAACCUCAAGUAUAUUUUCUAUAAAACACGAAGGGCUCUCCAUUGGACAGUCAGAGGGUGAUCCUAUAGUAUCUACUCCAAAAAGACGAGGAAGACCGAGCAAAACGGCUAAAUCGACAGUGAGUUCGAGGAAUCUCUCAGUGGCAAGCGCUGAAGAAGGCGUACCUUCAAGAGGUAAAAAUUCGAGGAAACGUACAAAGGAAGACGUGGGAUCUUUUUCGCAAGAAAACAAAAGGUUAAAAUCAGAGUAUGUAUCGGUAAUUAAAAAGAUUAUAGACAAGUCGUCAAAAGACGAAGAAACACUAGGGGCUCCCGUAGCUGACGAUUAUCUGGGAAGCGCGCACAAAGUAUCACUAUUUAGCGACGACGAGAAUGAGUCCACAAGAUCAGCCUGUGGAUACAGCAGAAUACCAAAGUCAGACGAGAGCAAAAGUAUCACUACAAUGAUUUCUCGGGAUGAAAACGAGAAACAUACAUCACACAACGUUAUGAUGCCUAAUCCCAUGGACGAGAGUGUCAUAGAAGACAUGACAACUACGAGUAGUAUAGAAGGCGUUAUAGAAGAUUUCAAGACGGUGAAAAAUGUCAGAGAGCUCCUAAACACGACGGAAUGUCUCGUUGUCACGAGAAGACGGAGCAGACGCACAUGA